GUGAUGAUGUCACGGGUGGGCGGAGCCGAGCGAGAUCUGCUGCAUCUGGUACACUUACGUGAUCGCGCGGUUCCCGGGGAUGCAACCACAAAUUUAACAUCGGUUUCUUAAACGCACUAAAAUUAAAUCACGACGCCGGGGCCGACGAAGCGAUUGUUGAGGACCUGAUACACCAUGGCUGACCAGCAGAGGCAGCGCACUCUCUCCACCUCUGGAGAAUCACUCUAUCAUGUUCUGGGUGUCGACAAAGUGGCCACUGUCGAUGACAUCAAGAAGUCGUACAGAAAACUGGCAUUGAAAUAUCACCCUGACAAGAAUCCUGAUAACCCUGAGGCAUCCGAUAAGUUUAAAGAGAUAAACAAUGCCCAUGCCAUCCUUAACGACCCAACAAAGAGAAACAUCUACGACAAGUAUGGCUCUCUGGGACUUUAUGUGGCCGAACAGUUUGGAGAAGAGAAUGUCAACACUUACUUUGUUCUGUCCAGCUGGUGGGCCAAGGCUCUGUUUAUUUUCUGCGGCCUGGCUACAGGCUGCUACUUCUGCUGUUGCCUGUGCUGUUGUUGUAACUGCUGCUGUGGGAAGUGUAAACCACGGCCACCUGAAGGACAGGAACAGGAGUUCUAUGUCUCCCCUGAGGACUUAGAGGCCCAACUGCAGUCCGAUGAGAGAGAGGCAGGUGGAGGUGAGCCUAUUGUGCUGCAGCCCUCGUCUGCCACAGAAACCACCCAGCUAACGUCCGACGGUUACCAUUCUACUUACCACACUGACACCGGCUUCAACUAAAAGCCUCACCCUCAUCACCUCCACCCCGUGGCUUGUCUCUCGCCACUCUGUGCCAUCUAGCCGAGGGGAAAAAAUGAAUGGAAAGAAGAAUCCUUCAACUACAACUAAAAAAGCCUGUUUUCGAGAGGGAGGAAAGCCAGCGAUGGAGCUGAAUUCUUUAGCCUAUCCUGUCCCUUAUUCACGCACCACUUCCAUUACCCACACAAGAGUGGCACACAUCCGCCUCACCGUACCGUAACUUAAAAAAAAACGAGCUUAAGAAAAAAAGAUAAAAAAGAUCCUGUCGUUUACCCUGAUCUCUUUGUUGCCUUUGACCUCCGAUCUUGCCUUCCACUCGUUCCCUCGCUCCUCCAGCCAGAUUUGCUCGUCGUCCUGUGGCAUGCACUGUUCCUUGACUUUGUUAAAUGAAUUCUUCGCAGUUUUUGGGUAUAUUUAUUGAAAUGAAAUGUUUGUUCCCAAUUAUAAGUACUUGAGUGUGGUUUAAAGUUGACUCCUUGAACUUGCCAUAGGUGUUCGAAGACUAG